AUGGUUAAAAGGUUGGCAAUUAGACUUAUUGCAUUGAUUAUUAUAAAAAACCUAAAUAUGAGUGUCAUUGGGUUAAGCGUUCUAACUAUUCUAAGUAUGGGCGCCACAAGAGUCGCGAUAGGGGGGGUAGAGUUGAACGGGUUGUACACCACAGACUUUGUAAUAGGGUUAAUGGUUACACUAACUCUAUUUGUAGCAAUUCUUUCCUACCUAAGGAGGGUUAAGAUCCACCGGAAAGCAAGAUUUAAUUUAAUAAUUAUCAGAAUCAGCCUAAUUUUAGUGAUAAGAUUCAGGGUGAGGAGGUUCUUUUCUUUUUUUUUUUUUUUUGAAAGUGUGCUAGCCCCUCUGUUGUUAUUAAUUGUAGGCUGAGGCUAUCAGCCAGAGCGUUUACAGGCAGGGGGGUAUAUAGUAAUCUAUACGGUGUUCGGAUCUCUUUUUUUCUUAUGGGGGGUAAGAGAACUCUAUAUUAGAGGGUUGAGGAGGAGGAUAAGUUCUGUGGUAAGGCUAGUAAAAAAAAGGGGAAUGAGAUUGUGAUGGCUAUACAUUCUAGGGUUUCUUAUCAAGCUACCAAUAUACCCAUUUCACCUGUGACUACCUAAGGCUCACUUAGAGGCCCCAGUAGCCGGUUCAAUGCUAUUGGCCGGGGUGGUACUAAAAUUAGGAGGGUACGGGCUGCUUCGAUUUAUAAUAGUUAUACAAAUAAGGCUUAGAAGCGUGUUUUUUGUGCUGCUACUAGUGGUGAACUUGGCAGGAGGUGUCUACGCAGGAUUAGCGUGUGUACGGCAAGUGGACCUAAAAUGUUUGGUAGCAUAUUCCUCCGUAGCGCAUAUGAGGCUUGUGCUAUUAGGAGUGCUCAGCAACACGGUAUUAGGGGUAGUGGGGGCCAUUAUCAUUAUGAUCGGGCAUGGGUUGUGUUCAUCAGGUUUGUUCAGGUAUGUGAAUGCUAUCUAUAAGAUGAGGCACUCGCGCCUGCUAGUAAUAAAUAAAGGGGGCUUGUUAGUCUGCCCAAGUCUAGUCUUAAUGUGUUUCCUGUUAAGAUCAAGCAACAUAGCAGCCCCUCCUAGUUUAAACUUAUUUGGGGAAAUCCUCGUUUUUGGCGUGGGAGGGUGAAUAAGCGGAGUGUUCCUGCUUACCCUGGGUCUGAUAAGCUUUAUUAGGGCAUGUUUUAGAUUAUACCUAUAUGGAAGUUGUUGUCACGGGAAGGGGGUGUCACACAGGGAGUCCUUAAACUUGAGAAGAGUUUGUGAUGUUUUUGUUCUGGCGGCUCAUUGGAUACCGCUGAACUUUAUGUUUAUGUUUAUACCCUAA